AUGGAUCGUUUUUCACGCGUAGAAUUAACUUCUACUUUAAGACCUGUCUUGAAUGAAGGAGAAACGAUUCUUGCAAUACAAGAUAAUGUUGGACUUUAUGAUGGAAACGAAAAAGCAGCUGGAUAUAUGAAUGGAAAAGUGUAUUUAACCUCACACAGGAUUAUUUAUGUUGAUUCCGAACAACCAAAUACCAAUUCUAUCGGAGUUGAAAUUAGAUUUAUAAAGGGUAGAGAAUUUUACACAGGAUUUGUCAAAUCUUCGCCAAAAAUAACUUUAAAAUUUUCAGAAUCCAAUAAUAAUAAUUCAUCACCAUUUUAUCAUCAACUUAAUGAUUCUUCUACUUCUACAUUAUCAAGUGCAUCUUCUACUUGGAUAUGUCCAAUUUGUUCUUAUUCCAAUACACCACAAAUUUUUAAAUGUCAACUUUGUGGUGUGAAAAAGACCGAGAAUCUCGCCUCAAUUACGCCCCCACCUGCUUCAUCUUUAUCUAAUACUUCUGCUUCCUCACAACAACAAAUAACAACAAAUCAAACUUCACCAAUUAAAAAAACUCAAGGUGAUACUGGUAUAGAAUGUCCACAAUGCACGUUUUUAAAUCAUCCAGAUAUGGUCAUAUGUGAGAUAUGUGACGCUGAAUUAGGAACUAAUAUUAAGAUUAAUGAAGAAGAAAUAUUAGGAAGCAGAGUUGGCGGUAAAAGUAAAGAUGAUUUUAUUAGGUUAGCCUUUCGUAAUGGAGGCGCUGGCACUUUUUAUGAUAAAAUGAAACAAGCAAUAACUAUGAAAGAAUGGGAGAAAACGAUAGAACCUUCUAAAUCUCCUAUAGAUUUUGACCCCGUUCGUGGAGGAAUUAGUGGUAUAAUGCGUAAUGCUGAAGAGAAUAAGAAGGAACAGGACGAAUAUUUAAAUCAAGCAUUCAAGGAUUUAGAAUCAUUAAAAACGAUAACAGAAAAAAUGGAAUCGGCGGAAUCAGAAGAAGUCUCUACUUUUAAAACCAAUUUGUUUAAACUUGGUAUUUCGAAUCCCGUAACAAAAGAUGAAGCCGGUUCAAUAUACCAUAAAGAAUUAGCAAGAGAACUCGCAGAAUUCUUGGAAAAUACGUUGGAUAAGGAUAACGGGAUGAUGUCUUUAACGGACAUUUAUUGCAUAUUUAAUAGGGCUAGGGGAGUUGCAUUGAUAUCUCCUAACGAUUUAUAUAAAGCUUGUUCUUUAUUCGAAAGAUUAAAUUUACCAUUAAGAUUGAGAAAAUACGAAAGUGGGUUAUUGGUUGUUCAUGAUGAUCAAAUAGCACAGCGUAUUUUAGAAUAUAUUAAGUUAAGAGGAUCAUUAAGUGGCAUUGAAUUGGCUUCAAUAGAGCAGAAGAGUGUAGUCUUGGUAAAUGAACAAUUGCAGAUGGUGGAAGCCAAAGGGCUUAUUUGCAGAGAUGAAAGUAUUGAGGGAAUUAGAUAUUAUGAUAAUUUGAUUAAUCAUUUUGUUUGGGAAAGAUAA